AUGGAAGUGCAAGAGGUUGCAGGACGUCUCUUAGCGUGUUCACGUCUGAAUCAUGAACGAAAAACAGAACAUCGACGUGUUCACAAACGAUCAUUGGAUGUUAAUUGGCAUGAAACGAUACAGGAUGGACAAGUUUAUGUGAGUAUCAGUAGUGAAGAUGAUGAUGAACAGGCACGUGGAAAGCAGAUCCCAGAGGUUUCUAAUAAACAGAAGAGGUUACAAAAGCCAGAAGUGUUUACUAUUGAUAGUAGUAGUGAAGAAGAGGAAGACAAUGAUGUAGUAGUGGAAAAAAAUGAUCAAAUGAAGAGAAAUUUAAAGGUCCUGGGGGUGGAAGAAGAGGAAGAGCAGCAACAGGUACAAGUGGUGGAUGAAAAGAGAGUAACAGUGGCAGCUAUGGAUGGUAUGGAGAAGAAGAAGAAGAAACAGCAACGGCAGGUUAUGGCAAGACAAAACAUCGUCUGGGACCGCUAUCACGUGUCAGGAGUGCGAAAGCGGCGGCUUGGAGAAGAGGAUGCAGCAUUUCUUUUAUUUUAUGGAGAACGAGAGACACCUAGUGCUAGUAUUCUUCGACUCAUCGUUGGCCUUAUUUCGACUGGAGUGGAUGUGAAAAAUGAGAUUGUGUCAAGGUUUGUCGAGUAUUUGCUCUGGUGCAAACUCCGCUCGACAGUAGAGGCCGGUCUAGCUAGCGAACGUCUCGUGCAAUCCGAAUGGACGAAAAUCGUCUUUAGCUGUCCCGUACCUCCACAUCGCUGGAGGUCUGGCCCCAUGCCUCGACCAGAUCUGUUGCCUCGUCCUAUUACAAUCACAGUACGACCUUUGCACGUUGCGCGAAAGCGGUCGCAAAGCCACAAUAUGUGCGUUGCCAAUAGUAACUCUGGCACUGCUACCAAACGAACAGCAUUGUCUUUAUGCUCAACAUCUGAGAAAACUGCGGUAGCUUUAGCGAACAGGUUGGCUGGGGAAGGUAUUCAAUCUAGGGUGAGGAGUCCCAAAAAGAGCAUGAAGGCGAUACAGACGAAAUCUCCUCGGGGCGAAGUCCGGAAACGGCCACUUAGCGCACCAUGCAGCAAUGGUAUGACUCUCAGCAAUGUUAUGAAUCCUGGCCAUGACCCUGUUGCGUUCUUGCCAAGAAAACAUCAGCGUCGAAUCGAUGAGGUAAAUUUAACGUCUGUGGCACCGCGUCAAGUCGUACGUGCUAAGCGACCGAGUGGCCAGAGUAUCAGUCAGAAGCAUAUGGAGCCUCUGUCAUUUGACAUUUGGACACUGGGUGACAAUCGGAGCUUGCCAACUGGAUGGCGGGCACCUGAACAUUACGGAGAACAGGAUCCGAGUAAAAAAUUAUUAAUGUCGGAUCCUGUAGAAGUCAACCCGAUGUUUCAGAUGACAGCAGAUGAGAUAUCACAACACAUUGCGUCUCUUCGUCGGGAGGGCCGCUUCGCCUGUUUUGAAAAAGUGACAGAUAUUUUAUUGAAGCUCAUGUCAGACCCACGGAAUCGGCACGGUGUGUUUAACACGCCUGUGGAUUCAGUGGCGCUAGACCUACCUACAUACACAACUAUUGUGCAGCACCCAAUGGAUCUUGGCACCAUCAAACGUAAUCUUGCCGCUGGAGAAUAUCUUGAGCUGGAAGAUUUUGUUUCCGACGUCCGAUUAGUGUUUGAAAACGCGAUGCUUUUUAAUCCCGAGACGCAUUAUAUCCAUGUGGACGCUGACAUCUUAUUGAAACGCUUUAAUCAAUCAGUAAAAGUCGAGCAGAACAGACAAUCGAAGCGCCAACGCGUGGAACACAUGUGUCUCGUGUGCCAUGGGAACACCUGCAUCGUGUGCCACCAACAAUGCCUGGAAGUUGCUCUACCAAACCUGCAGUGUUCAGCUGGUUGUAGCUCUGAAAUUCGUAAGGGUUCAAUCUAUUUUACUUCGCAGGAUGGCACUCGUGUUUGGUGUCAAAAGUGUAAAGCUCGUAUGGUAAGAGAUUGCAGCUCCACCUAUCGUGCACAUAAUGAUGACGCAGAUGCACUGCCUGCCUCUCUCAUGAAGAAGAAAGUUGAGCCUGGUGUGGAACCCUGGGUAAAGUGCGGCGAGUGUGGUCGGUGGCUACACCAGGUGUGUGGACUUUAUAACCCGGUGAUCGGUGCCUAUGAAUCUCAGAAGAGCCCGAACAACACGCCGCCUGGAGGCUUGUCCACCAAAGUGAAUCCAUACGUGUGUCCCUUGUGUCGGUGCCGGCGCAAGCGUGCUACUCCACCACCUAAGUCAAUGAUGCGCAAAAUUUUGAACGCCGAUCCUGAUGAGCACGCUCGAAACAGUUCGUGCCUCAAUAUUCCGAGUUGUGAAUUAAGCAUAUUUAUCCAGAAUUUUUUGCGCCAUGGGCUAAACGAAGCCGGUGAGUACGAAGCUGCUCGAACAUUAUACGUACGGGCAGUAUCAUUUCCAGGUGAACGCAUGGCUGUUCCAGAGAGAGUGGUCCGUACGUUCAAUGCAAAUUCGCAGCUGCUAGCUCAGCUCCGUCCUGGUACUGACACUAGCUCACAGCGAAUACCAGCUCACAUCAGUUAUCUCUCUCGUGGUCUCUAUCUCUUUCAGAAGCACGAAGGUAUGGAGGUUUGCCUCUUUACGAUCUAUGCGCAAGAGUUCGGCGAUAAUUGCGAACUGCAGGCAAACCGACGCGCCGUUUACAUUGCUUAUUUGGACAGUGUUCGAUAUCUAAAGCCCGCAAGUGCUCGGACGGCGGCAUACCACCUGAUUUUGCUAGCUUACUUCGACUACUUGCGGCGGCACGGCUUCAGCCGUGUACAUAUUUGGUCAUGCCCACCGCAGAAACGGAUUAGCUAUGUCUUUUGGUGUCGCCCAGCAUUUCAGAAGACUCCCAGUUCUGAGCAUUUGCGCUGUUGGUAUAACAGGGUGCUUGUUAAAGCGAAGGAGCGUGGAAUUGUCAAAGACUGGACUACACUUUACAACCGAUAUUUUAGCGAUAGUGUGUGUGAUUCCGCUCCUGGUGGCAAUUCUGAGCUGCCAACUUCUUUCGUGUCAACGAAAGAGAAAAAUGGAGUGGGGGUGUCGACUCGCGGUACAACAGUGCAGUCUGUGAAUUCCGAAGAGCUUGUUUGGCCAGCGAAGCAACUUCCACCAAUCUUUGACGGUGACAUCAUUCCAUCUGAAUUAGAUCGAAUCCUCGGGCGCAUUAUGUCCAGGAACGAAAAACAAAAGCGAUCCUGUCAAAACAAGAAGCUUGCUGCUGGCAACGUAAACAGCGUAUGCGCUUGUGGUGAUGGCAAAGUGUCAUUUGGCGGCACAUUUCCGCGUAUCAAAGAAGAGAUUUCUACUGCGUUACCUCUUCAAGUAGAUGCAACGGUGCGCGAGGUGUUUUCUAGAUGCCAGCUCGCUGUCCAGCGGCUAAAACAAGACCUGCUGGUGGUGAAUCUAAAAGAUCUGGAUGACGACGAAGCGCGAGACAACGGCACUAUUUUUGCUGAACAAAGAAAACUAGAAGGCUGCCACCCAGAGACAUUGGUGCCUUCUUGGUACGGACAAGUCCCGCGUUUCUUUGGUAGCCGUUUUAUGUUUCACCAGUUGUGUUCAUACGCCGGCUACCAAUUCGACACGCUGCGUCGUGCCAAACAUUCGACUAUGAUGAUGUUGCAUCACUAUUUUAACGAGCAAGUGGUUCAGCUGAAUGUGUUUUGCCGUGAAUGCAGCCUCCUCAUUACACGCGCAGACUUUUGGUCCUGCAAAAGCUGCGCACGCUAUGCGUUAUGUGACACCUGCUACUGGCGUCAAGGGAACAAGCAUCCACACCAACUGAUCUUCGGUCCAGCUCCACGAUGGCUUUUGCAGAUCUCGGAACGUCCAGCACCUCCUGUCCAACCACCGCACUCUAUACUGCCUCAAGCUAAGCAAGUCCAAUCCGUCAAGUCAAAAGCCUUAUUCAACACCUGUGGGUUGUGCUGA